AAAGCAAUGACUAUGAACAACCAAGAAUGGUCGAUCAAGAUCGACGAGGAGCUCAAGACCCUGGUCGACAAAUCCGCCGAGUCGGCACGGUGGAGCCGCCGAUCGAUCUACCGAAUCCCCGCCACCGUCACCGAGCUCAACAAGCGCGCCUACAAGCCGCAAAUCGUCUCGUUCGGGCCGUACCACCACGGCGUCGAUUACUUGAAGCCCAUGGAGGAGCACAAGCGCCGCGCCCUCCUACAUUUCCUCAAACGGGCCGGAAAAACGAUCGGUAGUUGCGUCGACGCCUUGACUCCCGUCGUGCAAGACCUCAAGGACGCCUACGACCAAUUGGACGCCCGUUGGCAAAACGAUACCGUCGCGUUUUUGCAGAUGAUGAUCGUCGACGGGUGUUUUAUCUUGGAGAUAUUGCGGGCCACGACUCCGCCAGAUCAACCGCAUCCGCAGGAUCGAACUCCGGCGGAGGAACCCGCCGGGGGCGAAGAUUACGCAAGCAACGACCCCAUUUUUAGCAAGCACGGUAAGCUAUACAUCGUCCCGUAUUUGCGGCGCGACAUGCUUAUGCUCGAGAACCAAAUACCGAUGCUUGUUUUCGAGAAACUCGUCUCCAUUCAAAACGAUCCAUCGCUUAAGAGAGGCAACGAACUUACUCGACGCCUCCUAAAAUUCCUCUCCCAACCGAUCUCCCCGAAGCAAUUCCUACACUUCGGGAAGUGCCUCCACAUCCUCGACGUAUACCGCAAGAGUCUCUUGCUCGAGGAGCCGCGCACCCGCGGGACCCACUCGAAGGGCGCAAAACCGGGCGACGUCCACCACGGCGGCGACGAGAUAAUCCGGUCGGCGACGGAGCUAAACGAGGCCGGAAUUACGAUCGUGAAGAGCAAGACCCGAAGCCUCAGGGACAUAUCCUUCCACAAGGGGGUCCUAAAACUCCCCCUCGUCGUCGUCGACGACGCACUCGAGUCCCUAUACCUGAACAUGAUCGCGUUCGAGCGGUUCCACGUCGGGGCGGGGAACGAGGUGACGUCGUACGCGUUCUUCAUGGACAACAUCAUUGACAACGCGCGCGAUGUGAGCCUGCUCCACGAGUGCGGGAUCGUGCAGAACGCGCUCGGGAGCGACAAGGCGGUGGCGAACCUUUUCAACGCGCUGUCGAAGGACGUGACGCUCGACCCCGAGAGCAGACUCGACGACGUGCACAAGCAGGUGAGCGCCUACUGCCAGAAACGGUGGAACCGGUGGCGCGCCAACUUGAUGCAUACGUAUUUUACGAACCCGUGGGCGAUCCUAUCGGUUAUCGCGGCGGCGCUGCUGUUCGCGCUCACUAUUGUUCAGACUGUGUAUAGUGUUAUGCCCUACGUUGUUCCUAAGUAGUUAGCCUUCCUUGAUCUUCUUCUUCGUUGUCGCCAUUGAUGAUUUUUCUUUUUUGGUUUGAUUGAGUUUGAUCGACGAAUGUUUGUUUGUGUGAGUGUGAGAAAUAAAUCGGAUUGCGAUGAUCAUUUUAUGUAUUGCGAAGUGAGCAAGUAUGUGUAUAAUAUCGUGGAUUUGUUUGGUAAUUCAA